GGCAAAAAAAGCCGGAUGGAUAAAGGAAGUGUUGGUCACCCUGGAGGCGCAUGGGUUUGGGGAAGGCUCCCGGCCGCCAUAGCCCUCUGCAGAGCGUGACCCGGGCUCUCCUCACUCACCUCAAUCCCCAGGCAGCCCAUCCACAGGGCCCCUCUCCUGCCUGGACGGCUCUGCUCGUCUCCCUGUGCUCUGGAAGAGAGCAAGGCCAUGGGUCGGCCCCUGCUGCUGCUCCUGCUGCUGCCGCUGCCAGUAUUCCUGCAGGCUGGUGGCUCCGCAGGAUCCAGUCCAGGGUACCCCUAUGGGGUCACUCAACCAAAAUACCUCUCGGCCCCCAUGGGUGGCUCUGUGGAGAUCCCCUUCUCCUUCUAUCACCCCUGGGUGUUAGCCAGACCUCCCAAUGUGAGAAUACGCUGGAGACGGGACCACUUCCAUGGGGAGGUCUUCUACAGCACAAGGCCACAUUUCAUUCACAAGGAUUUCUCAGACCGGCUCUUCCUGAGCUGGAAAGAGGGUCAGGAGAGCGGCUUCCUCAGGAUCUCAAACCUGCAAAAGGAGGACCAGUCUGUGUAUUUCUUCCGAGUCCAGCUGGACAUACAGACAGGUGACAUAAACAAAUCAGAGACAAAGAAGUGGCAGUCCAUUGAGGGAACCAACCUCACCAUCACCCAGGCUGUCAAGACCACCACCUGGAGGCCCAGCAGCACAACCAGCACAGCCAGCCUCAGAGUCACAGAGGGCAAAAGGCACUCAGAGUCUUGGCACCUAAGUCUGGAGACUACUGUGUGGGUGGCAGUGGCUGUUGCUGCACUUGGAAUCAUGAUUUUGGGACUGAUUUUCCUCCUCUGGUGGAGGAGAAGAAAAGGUCAGCAACAGGCUAAAACCACAACCUCAGCCAGGGGAUCCUUCCAAAACACAGAGGAACUAUAUGAGAAUACCAAGAAUGAAGGACAAAGUACAGAUCUCAAGCAUAAUCCCAAGGACAACGGCAUUGUCUAUGCCUCCCUUGCCCUCUCCAGCUCCACCUUACCCAGAGAACCUCCCAGCCACCAUCCCCUCAAGAGCCCCCAGAACGAGAUCCUGUACUCUGUCUUAAAGGCCUAACCAAUGGACAGCCCUCUCAAGACUGAAUGGUGAGGCCAGGCACAGUGGCGCAUGCCUGUAAUCCUAGCUCCUCCAAAGCCUGAGGCAGAAUAGAUUCAGCUCAGGCGUCAGGGCCAGCUUUGACAACAUAUCAAGAUGCCAUCUCUAAUUAAAAAUAUGUAUUAACAAUAAAAUAACAAAGUU